UUAUCGCGAGGAGCUCUGAAGCUCAAGGGGUGAAGUGAAGCGAGAGUGUUUGUCUACGUCGACGCUUCCAGGGUGGCACAGAAAGAGGGACGUCCGCAGGCUCUGAUGUCUUAAUUGAAACCACAUACGUGCUGUGUUUGAUUUGAAAUGCCUUGCUGUUUUUGUUUGCGCAAACCCUUACACGGCUCCCUCCGCGUUGCCCGCGCCGCUCGUCACACAUCUGUAACCGCUGGAAUCCCGGUUUCAGCACCUGGACAGCUCCCGGUCGCGAACCUCUCCUCCUUGUUAUCGGGCACAUGGAGUCCCUGAUGUGAUUGUAGGGGGGGAAGCCCUGCGAGCACAGUGUGCCUCCCUUUCCAUGAUGUCGCUUUUCCUCCUGAUUCAGUGACAGCCUCGACGUCUCCGCUGAAGGAUGGUGCUUACGGUCCGGCGUAGGUGUUUUCGUCGUGCCCCGUCUUCUGUGAGGCGACACCGGUGCUUGGCCAACGCAUAUUUGAGGGUAAUCGCAGCCUACACACAGCAAGAUCCGAGCUUCCCUCACACUCACCAUCAUCAUCAUCCUCAUCAUCCUCAUCAGCAGCAGCAGCAGCGGCGAGGAGGGAGAUAUUACCGUCAUCUCAGCGAGGGCAAAGGAGUCACGACAUCACUUUACACAAUGUAGAGCAAGAAAACACAAGAGGUUUGCUUGGAGCCAGGUCUCAGCAGUGGUGAAAUUUCACACUUGGGGUAAUUUGGUAAUUGGCAGCAACAAGACCUCGACAUGAGCAACGCGGUGGCUCCUCCCCGGGCUGGAGCCUCAGAGCUGGAGGUCAUCUCCCAGCAGGUGGAGGAGGACAACCAAUGCGUGGCCCCUGUCCAGCUGGUCAGCUUCGCCUACAGAGACUUGCCUUUGGCGGCGUUGGACAUAUCCCUCGCUGGAUCCCAGCUCAUCUCUAAUCCAGAUGAAGAGGACAACAGAGAUGGGUCCAACUGGCUGAAGCCGUGCUGUGGACGAAGGGCAGCGCUGUGGCAGGUCUGUCUGCUGUCAGCGGGCUUCAACUGCUUCCUGGUGGCCUGCGUCAUUCUGGUGGUGCUGCUGCUGAUGCUGGAGCUGCUCAUAGACGCCAAGCUGCUGCAGUUUAAUAAUGCGUCCCAGUUUGCCAGCAUCAUCCACUGGAUCAGCCUGGCCAUCCUCUCCGUGUUCUUCACCGAGACGGUGUUCAGGAUCGUGGUGCUGGGGAUAUGGGAUUACAUAGAGAACAAAGUAGAGGUGUUUGAUGGAGCUGUCAUCGUACUCUCUCUGGCCCCCAUGGUGGCCUCCACAGUGGCCAACGGCCCCAGCAGCCCCUGGGAUGCUAUCGGUCUCAUCAUCACACUGCGCAUCUGGAGGGUCAAGAGGAUCAUUGACGCCUAUGUGCUGCAAGUGAAGGUGGAAAUGGAGCUGGAGAUCCAGCAGUAUGAGAAGGCCAAGGCGGUGAGGGAGGAACAGCUUGACCGUCUCACCCAGAUCUGCCAGGAACAGGCCUUUGAAAUCAGGCAGCUGAGGGCCCACCUGGCGCAGCAGGACCUGGACCUGGUAGCAGAGCGCGAAGCGGCCAUGCAGAUCCACCACAUGUGGGGUAAACAGAGCAGCAGUUUCCAGGAGGUGGACGGGCUGGCCCCCGGGGCCUCCGAGCGUCACCGGCCAGCCAAAGCCAGAGAGCGCGGGGGGGCCGCAGAUCACCAUGGUCAAGACGACAUGAACAACUACAUCAGUCAGUACUACAGUGAGCCAAGCAGUGACACAGGGAUCCCAGACCCGGCGCGCGUCAUCACAACAGCAGCCAUAGACGUGCACCUGCCUAACAACCCCAGUCAGCUCCCCUCCUCUCUGGUGAGCGCCGACGCGGUGCCGUCCAGCCGCCUGCAGCGCACGGGCAGCUCGGUCAGCGAGGCCUCCACGACAACCGUCUCUCGCACCAGCUUCAGCGCGCGACAGCACAGCAUCAGCAGCCACACGCUGGGCUCCAGCAUGGACUGCAGCUCCACGGUGCGCGAGGCCUCCACCUCCACGGACUACAGCGACCAGCGCUGCUACCCCCCGCCCUACAGCAGCCCUCUGGCCCUGGGCACUCAGCCCAGGGGGAGUCCCAGCGCCGUGGUGCAGGAGCUGCUCUCCUCGCUUUCCGAGGACUCGUGUCUCACCCAGAAGGGCCUGGACCCCGUCAACCUCAAACCGCCCAGCCCGACGGGUUCCACGAAAGCCAGCCCCGAGCUGGAGCACAGGGUCAACAUCUACAACAAGAGGAACCAGGAGAGCCGGGUCGGGCUCCACUCUAAGACAGUCAUCCACCUUCAGGGCAACGAGCCUCUUCUAGAGGAGAAGUACAGGAUGAUGGGGCCCGUGGAUGCUCCGGUCAGCCGCCUAUCAGAGACAUAAGAGACGCUCUGCAGAGCAACUUCACAGGGGUCGCUCUUCACAUCAGCCGCAAAAAAAAAAUAAUGCUAAACGAAACUCCCGUUCUGUUGGGAGUUACUGGCACAUAGACUAGAUGUCUGACAUCCUCUUUGUAUGCUGGAACUGAGAGGAUAAACUUGCCGGAGCAGCACAAACAGAAGGCACGGACGGCAGCACUUAUCAGGAAUUGACACUCACAAAAACACUUUUACUUACCUUUACCAAAAGAAACCAGCAAAAAGGGUCUUGUGCCCAAGAUUUUUGAGGCAGUAAGUCUGUGCAGAAAAGCUGGCGCUUGCCGCGUUGUAGUUUGAUAUCUAGGAAGCGAAACCAGUGAGAGGAUGGUGCUGAGGGAUAACUUCCUCUGAUACACUUUGUAGGAUGCGGAGAUGCCAGAAUGAUGAUUUAUUGGAGAGCCACAAACUGUGAAUCAGUUUUCCCAGGAAACACGGCACGGAUUUAUUUACCGCAGGUGCAGGUGUAUGAGCAGGUAGCCAGUGUCUCCAAACUCACAAAGAACAGUCCUCUUUGACGGACUGCUGCAGGGUACAUUGGAUCAGUCUCAACUUCUUUCUAAUAUUUGUCUUUCUAUAUUGAUGUUAACAUUUUUAUCUAAGGUCGGCGAGCGGAAAGAGACGGAAGUGAAGUUUUUAUCCAGGUGCCAUGACUCGAAGCUGACCAAACCCAGAUGAGAUGAGAUUUUGUAGACUACAGCAUGACCCUCACGCACUGAAAUAACUGAAAAAAAACGAGCUGGCAGACGACAGAUUUCACACAUCAAUCAGGUCUAAAAAUAACGCUUCUGAUUUCUAAUGUUUGGAAGUUGUGUAAAUAUUUCAGGCUGGGUUUGGUCGUCAUAUCGCAGCCCAAAAACACAGUGAGGGACUUGAAAGCUACAAUUAAGAUGCUGAAAAGAAAAUUAUAGCAUGAAACUUUGAGAUUUGCCACCAUAUCGCAAACUAACCCUGUUUAUUGUACCGUCAGCGGGCAGUUUCUCUCUUGAUUGUGGGAAGGCAGCACUGCAAAUUGAACUCAAUAAAAGGAAACAUGGCAAAUUAA